UUUAUUUGUUUUAAUCUUCUGAUGAGGCCUUUGACCAACAGUAUUUUGUUUUUGUAACCUGUAGGGGUCGGGUGUUCAUCAAUGGGCUUUUAGCUCAUGUUUUCGCCCAUAUCUGUGGGGCUUGUUUACUGUGGUGUCACGUGGUGGUUGUUUACUUGUGGGCCCAUGUAACGUUAUGUAGGGGUGGCUGGAUUUUCUAAUGGCGGCCCAGCCCCGGUGCUUUAGCCUGUCCCACAGUUGCCUGAUCUUUCCAGGAACUUAAGUCCCACUUUCCCCAAAACUUUCCCAACACUAAAUUGGCUCCUCGCCAAGUGGCCUCCAGACCCAGGAAACAUCCAAGUCUCGCAGUGUGGCCUUUCCUCGGUGCCAUAACUCCAGCUGUGCCCCUGGCCUGUCCCUAAACUCCUCACACUCUAGAAUCCUCACACUCCUCUCCCGUCUGCCCUUCAGAUCCCGGCGCAGACAAGGCUCGUGGCUCCUCCCUUCUGUAACAGUCGCCUCCCCUCCCGGGCGCGGGCCUGCUCUGUUGUGUCUCUGUUGUGGCGGUGCAGGGGGAGGGCCGUACGGACUGAGAUUUCAGGACCGAGUCCCAGAGGAAGCUGAAUCCCAUCACAACAACACGCAGGCGGCAUCUCACUCUCUAACAAGAGGCCCGAGCAUGAGUGUCCCGGGCACAUAUAACUCUCCCCGCCCGGGGAAUCUGCCGCUCUUUCCCACCCUGUGAGUCGCAAGGGCCCCGCCAGCAGAUGUAUAUGUGACCCAGGGGAAUCUGCUGCACAUCCCCGAGGUGACAUGCCGCCUAGAGCCCGAGUAUCUCCGCAGGGAUUCCGCUUUCAAGUUACCCAGUGAUUCCGGGACAGCAGAGCGGGGCCUGUCAUCCAGGAAAGACUCGGGCCGGGGCUACGAGCGAACGGACUUUGCUGAGCCGUCAGAUGCGGUUCCCAUGAGGCUGGGAUCAUGCAGCCAACUCCGCAGAAUUACGACUUCUUCAGCGAAGAAAACGUAGUGAAAUGGAGGGGACUGUUCGUCCCGGCUCUGCGGAAGGUCCUGCAACAAGUGCACCCCACUCUUUCUGCUAAAGAAGAUUCAUUGUACUACGUUGAGGUUUUGAUCCUCCAGCUCCUAAAUAAACUAUGCAUUGCACAGCCAAGGACUGUUCAGGACGUAGAGGAGCGCGUCCAGAAGACCUUUCCACAUCCAAUUGACAAAUGGGCCAUUGCAGAUGCUCAGUCUGCGAUAGAAAAACGCAAACGAAGGAAUCCGCUGCUUCUGCCGGUUGAUAAAAUACAUCCCUUACUGAAGGAAGUACUUGGUUACAAAAUAGAUUACCACGUGUCGCUCUACAUCGUUGCUGUGCUAGAAUAUAUAUCUGCAGACAUUCUGAAGCUGGCUGGAAAUUAUGUCUUCAACAUCCGACACUUUGAGAUCACACAACAGGACAUUAAAGUAUCCAUGUGCGCGGAUAAGGUCUUAAUGGAUAUGUUUGACCAGGAUGAUGACAUCGGCCUUGUUUCCCUAUGCGAUGAAGAGCCUUCUUCCACGGGAGAACUCCGUUAUUAUGAGCUGGUUCGAACAGAGAUUGCUGGAGAGCGGCAGUACUUGCGUGAGCUGAAUCUGAUCAUUAAAGUUUUUCGUGCCGCUUUCCUUUCCAACCGAAAGCUGUUUACUCCCACAGACAUUGAAAUGAUUUUUAGUAAUAUUAUGGACAUCCAUGAGUUGACAGUGAAGCUUCUGGGUUUGAUUGAAGACACUGUUGAAAUGACAGAUGAAAGCAGCCCACAUCCGCUGGCUGGAAGUUGCUUUGAAGACUUAGCUGAGGAGCAAGCCUUUGACCCGUAUGAAACAUUAUCCCAGGACAUACUUGCUUCUAAUUACCAGGAGCAUUUUAACAACCUUAUGUGCAAACCUUCUGUUGCCCUUCAUUUCCAGUCUAUAGCAGAAGGGUUCAAAGAAGCCGUAAAAUACGUCCUUCCACGACUCAUGCUGGUUCCAGUUUAUCAUUGUUUGCACUACUUUGAAGUAUUAGAGCUUUUACAAGAACGCAGUGAAGAUCAGGAAGACAGAGAGUGCUUAAAACAAGCUAUCACCGCUCUUCUGAAUCUGAGAUGUAGCAUGGAACGCAUUUUUAAUAAACAUUCGCCUCGCAGACGACCAGGGGAGCCCAUAUGGAGACUUUACAACCGUCAAAUGAGAAGCAAACAUGUGGCUAUCAAAAAAAUGAAUGAGAUCCAGAAGAACAUUGACAGUUGGGAAGGGAAAGACAUUGGGCAGUGCUGUAAUGAGUUUAUAAUGGAAGGUUCAUUAACCAGGGUGGGAGCUAAACACGAGCGCCAUAUUUUUCUCUUUGAUGGCUUGAUGAUUAGCUGUAAAAUGAACCACGGACAAUCUAGAAUCCCAGGCUAUAACACUGCAGAGUAUCGGCUGAAGGAGAAGCUCAUCAUGAGGAAAGUGCAGAUAAAUGACAAAGAAGAUUCAAGUGAAUAUAAAAAUGCCUUUGAGCUACUAUCCAAAGAUGAGAACAGCAUUGUGUUUGCAGCAAAGACGGCUGAAGAGAAAAACAACUGGAUGGCAGCGCUGAUUUCUCUGCAGUACCGCAGCAUGUUGGACCGCAUGUUGGACUUGGUGUUGAUUCAGGAAGAGAACGACCAGCCUUUGCACUUGCCCAGUCCAGGUGUUUAUCGAUUUGUAGAGGAAGACUCUGAGGAAAACAUAGUUUUUGAGGACAGUGUACAAAGCUGGAGUGGAAUCCCUAUUAUUAAAGGGGGAACUGUAGUGAAACUGAUUGAAAGGUUGACAUACCACAUGUAUGCAGAUCCUAACUUUGUGCGGACCUUUCUGACCACCUAUCGCUCUUUCUGUAAACCUCAAGAAUUACUGAAUCUGCUUAUUGAAAGAUUUGAAAUUCCAGAUCCAGAGCCCACAGAAUCUGACAAAAUGGCCAUUGAGAAAGGCGAGCAACCAAUCAGCGCCAACCUCAAGAGGUUUAGGAAGGAAUAUGUUCAGCCAGUGCAACUCAGGGUAUUAAAUGUUUUUCGUCACUGGGUUGAACAUCAUUUCUAUGAUUUUGAAAGAGACCUGGAACUCCUUGACCGAUUGGAAUCUUUUAUUUCGAAUGUGCGGGGAAAAUCCAUGAAGAAAUGGGUGGAAUCUAUAGCAAAAGUAAUCAGAAGGAAAAAGCAAGCUCAGGCAAACGGUGUGAGCCACAACAUAACAUUUGAAAGCCCCCCUCCACCUAUAGAAUGGCAUAUAAGCCGGGCAGGCCAGUGUGAAACAUUUGACCUCAUGACUCUGCAUCCUAUAGAAAUUGCUCGCCAGCUAACCCUCAUGGAGUCUGACCUUUACAGGGCAGUGCAACCCUCUGAACUAGUGGGCAGCGUAUGGACAAAAGAUGACAAAGAGCUGAACUCUCCCAAUUUGCUGAAGAUGAUUCGCCAUACUACCAACGUAACAUUGUGGUUUGAAAAGUGUCUUGUGGAAGCUGAGAAUUUUGAGGAGAGAGUGGCUGUUUUCAGCCGUAUCAUUGAAAUCCUCCAGGUCUUUCAGGAGCUGAAUAACUUUAAUGGAGUGUUAGAAAUUGUCAGCGCUGUGAAUUCUGUACCAGUGUACAGGCUGGAUCACACCUUUGAGGCGUUACAGGAGCGGAAGAAGAGAAUCUUGGAUGAAGCUGUGGAACUCAGUCAAGAUCAUUUUAAAAAAUAUCUAGCAAAACUUAAAUCAAUUAACCCACCUUGCGUGCCUUUUUUUGGAAUAUAUUUGACUAAUAUUCUAAAGACUGAAGAAGGGAAUCCAGACUUUUUGAAGAGACAGGGGAAAGAACUGAUAAAUUUUAGCAAGAGGCGAAAAGUGGCUGAGAUUACAGGAGAAAUUCAGCAGUACCAGAACCAGCCAUACUGCCUACGGACAGAGGCCGAUAUACAGAGAUUCUUUGAGAAUCUGAAUCCGAUGGGAAAUUUUGGAGAAAAGGAGUUCACAGACUAUUUGUUCAAUAAGUCGCUGGAGAUUGAACCGAGGAACUGCAAACAACCGCCUAGAUUUUCCAGGAAAACCACCUAUUCACUGAAGUCUCCAGGUAUCAGGCCCAACAGUGGAAGGCAUCUGUCCUCAUCAGGCACUCUCAGAGGCCACCCGAUGCCUUUAGAAAGGGAGCCUUAUAAGAUCAGCUUCAGCAGGAUCACAGAAUCCGAUCACGAGUCUACAAUAUCCCCUCCAAUCUCUCCCAACACUCCAUCUACUCCUCCAGCCUCGGCCUCGUUCUCCUCUGAGCUCAGCGUCUUUGUUGACUUGGAUCUCAACUCUUCCUUCGGUAGCAACUCUAUGCUUUCCCAGGUGUUUUUGACAAACUCAAAGUCCUUCUUCAGUUCUUGUGGUAGUCUGCACCGGUUAAGUGAAGAGCCUUUGCUUCCACCUCCUUUGCCUCCUCGUAGGAAGGUAGAUCCAGAGGGGACAAAUCUUGCAGGGCAUUCAAAACUGGAUGACGACCCUCCAGCUAUUCCGCCAAGAUUGCCUCCACCUCCAAAGAUCCAGCCACGGGUCCCUGCUUACACAGGGCCUUUUGAUGGACCUCUGCAUAGCCCCCCACCACCACCACCCAGAGACCCACUUCCCGAUACCCCUCCCCCUGUCCCACAGAGGCCCCCUGAGCAUUUCAUAAACUGCCCUCUAAAUCUGCAACCUCCACCACUUGGCCGCCUGCAUCGGGAUCAGGACUGGUUUCGGGAAGUCAACACAGCGCCAAACUCUCCGAAUACACCACCCAGUACCCCGUCUCCAAGAGCUCUGCGGCGUUGUUGUGGUCUCAGCACCAGUCACAGCAAUCUCGCUCACGUUUUGGCCCCUCCAGUUCCCCCACGGCAGAACUCCAACCUACAGCUGCCAAAACUGCCACCAAAGACUUACAAAAGGGAAUUUUCCCAGCAGCCUUUGCACAGACUGUCUUUGUUGGAAAAUGCUGAAACUCCACAAUGACCACAGCCAUAAUAGUCUUAGACACUGGAUAGAGAGCAGCAAUGCUUGGUGGGUCUUUAUUUUUUAUUUAUUUGGAUAAUUAGGCACUGUGUUUCAUUUUUAAAGACUUUUGAUUGAAGAGAAACAGUGAUGGGCCCUGGCAAAAAAAAAACCAUAACAACACUAAAGUGCUACUGAUCAAAACACCAGGUUCAAAACAAACAGGAAUUUGUUGGUACACACUACAGCCUUUCUAACAGCGCGUAACUGCCUCAGGUUCAUCCGAAUCAUUGCCUUGCUCCCCACGCAGAGCUUUGUGCCUGUGCCGCACUCGCCCACGAUUACUUGACUGCAGUGUAACCUCCAAAAGACUCUUCUCUCAUCAUUUGCACUGAGCGAAAAACCAAUUGGAGUGAAGAAAAUAAUGUUUAUAUUUGGAAGGAUUUAGUUUUAGCACCAGAGGCCUUUCAUUUCCAGACCAUUAAACCAGAACUUUC